AAAGGUCUCUGAGGCUCCUUACAGAGACAAGUGAUGGAACGACCUUGACAGAAGAGAGCAGAGAGAGGAAAGAAGGGGGAGGAAGCUAAGCAAAGGAGAGAGAAAUGGAUUUACGGGUACAGUGCAUAGUAAUUUUUGGAUAAUUGGAGUGAAUGAAUGAAAAGCGUGAAACGUCUCACAGGAGCGAGAAGAUCCACGAGAGAAAACGAGCAGGGACGCAGCUCUGGUGCCUGGUCCUGCCGGGUGGUCCCCACGCCGCCAGCCGCGCGUUCCCCAACCGGGCGCUCCCGGCGCCCUCUCGGUGAGCCGCCCUGAAACCGCCAGGGGGCGCUCCCCGGCUGCGGGGGCUGAGGCGGGCGGAGCUGCUUUAAAUCGCGGCGCCCAGCGGUUCUGCGUCUCAGUUCCUGAGCCUGGGAGCAACUGCAACUUCUACUAUCCAGACUCCAGCGCCGCCCCGGGCGCGGACCCCAACCCCGACCCAGAGCUUCUCCAGCGGCGGCGCAGCGAGCAGGGCUCCCCGCCUUAACUUCCUCCGCGGGGCCCAGCCACCUUCGGGAGUCCACGUUGCGCACCUGCAAACUCUCCGCCUUCUGCACCUGCCACCCCUGAGCCAGCGCGGGCGCCCGAGCGAGUCAUGGCCAACGCGGGGCUGCAGCUGUUGGGCUUCAUUCUCGCCUUCCUGGGAUGGAUCGGCGCCAUCGUCAGCACUGCCCUGCCCCAGUGGAGGAUUUACUCCUAUGCCGGCGACAACAUCGUGACCGCCCAGGCCAUGUACGAGGGGCUGUGGAUGUCCUGCGUGUCGCAGAGCACCGGGCAGAUCCAGUGCAAAGUCUUUGACUCCUUGCUGAAUCUGAGCAGCACAUUGCAAGCAACCCGUGCCUUGAUGGUGGUUGGCAUCCUCCUGGGAGUGAUAGCAAUCUUUGUGGCCACCGUUGGCAUGAAGUGUAUGAAGUGCUUGGAAGACGAUGAGGUGCAGAAGAUGAGGAUGGCUGUCAUUGGGGGCGCGAUAUUUCUUCUUGCAGGUCUGGCUAUUUUAGUUGCCACAGCAUGGUAUGGCAAUAGAAUCGUUCAAGAAUUCUACGACCCUAUGACCCCAGUCAAUGCCAGGUAUGAGUUUGGUCAGGCUCUCUUCACUGGCUGGGCUGCUGCUUCUCUCUGCCUUCUGGGAGGUGCCUUACUUUGCUGUUCCUGUCCCCGAAAAACAACCUCUUACCCAACACCAAGGCCCUAUCCAAAACCUGCACCUUCCAGUGGGAAAGACUACGUGUGACACAGAGGCAAAAGGAGAAAAUCAUGUUGGAACAAACUGAAAAUGGACAUUGAGAUACUAUCAUUAACAUUAGGACCUUAGAAUUUUGGGUAUUGUAAUCUGCAGUAUGGUAUUACAAAACAAACAAACCAACAAAAAACCCAUGUGUUAAAAUACUCAGUGCUAAACAUGGCUUAAUCUUAUUUUAUCUUCUUUCCUCAAUAUAGGAGGGAAGAUUUUUCCAUUUGUAUUACUGCUUCCCAUUGAGUAAUCAUACUCAAAUGGGGGAAGGGGUGCUCCUUAAAUAUAUAUAGAUAUGUAUAUAUACAUGUUUUUCUAUUAAAAAUAGACAGUAAAAUACUCUUCUCAUUAUGUUGAUACUAGCAUACUUAAAGUAUCUCUAAAAUAGGUAAAUGUAUUUAAUUCCAUACUGAUGAAGAUGUUUAUUGGUAUAUUUUCUUUUUUGUCUAUACAUACAUAUGUAACAGUCAAAUAUCAUUUACUCUUCUUCAUUAGCUUUUGGUGCCUUUGCCACAAGACCUAGCCUAAUUUACCAAGGAUGAAUUCUUUCAGUUCUUCAUGCGUGCCCUUUUCAUAUACUUAUUUUAUUUUUUACCAUAAUCUUAUAGCACUUGCAUCGUUAUUAAGCCCUUAUUUGUUUUGUGUUUCAUUGGUCUCUAUCCCCUGAAUCUAACACAUUUCAUAGCCUACAUUUUAGUUUCUAAAGCCAAGAAGAAUUUAUUACAAAUCAGAACUUUGGAGGCAAAUCUUUCUGCAUGACCAAAGUGAUACAUUCCUGUUGACCUUCCCACACAAUCCCUGUACUCUGACCCAUAGCACUCUUGUUUGCUUUGAAAAUAUUUGUCCAAUUGAGUAGCUGCAUGCUGUUCCCCCAGGUGUUGUAACACAAUUUUAUUGAUUGAAUUUUUAAGCUACUUAUUCAUAGUUUUAUAUCCCCCUAAACUACCGUUUUGUUCCCCAUUCCUUAAUUGUAUUGUUUUCCCAAGUGUAAUUAUCAUGCAUUUUGUAUCUUCCUAAUAAGGUGUGGUCUGUUCGUCUGAACAAAGUGCUAGACUUUCUGGAGUGAUAAUCUGGUGACAAAUAUUCUCUCUGUAGCUGUAAGCAAGUCACUUAAUCUUUCUACCUCUUUUUUCUAUCUGCCAAAUUGAGAUAAUGAUACUUAACCAGUUAGAAGAGGUAGUGUGAAUAUUAAUUAGUUUAUAUUACUCUCAUUCUUUGAACAUGAACUAUGCCUAUGUAGUGUCUUUAUUUGCUCAGCUGGCUGAGUCACUGAAGAAGUCACUGAACAAAACCUACACACGUACCUUCAUGUGAUUCACUGCCUUCCUCUCUCUACCAGUCUAUUUCCACUGAACAAAACCUACACACAUACCUUCAUGUGGUUCAGUGCCUUCUUCUCUCUACCAGUCUAUUUCCAUUCUUUCAGCUGUGUCUGACAUGUUUGUGCUCUGUUCCAUUUUAACAACUGCUCUUACUUUUCCAGUCUGUACAGAAUGCUAUUUCACUUGAGCAAGAUGAUGUAAUGGAAAGGGUGUUGGCACUGGUGUCUGGAGACCUGGAUUUGAGUCUUGGUGCUAUCAAUCACCGUCUGUUUGAGCAAGGCAUUUGGCUGCUGUAAGCUCAUUGCUUCAUCUGUAAGAGGUGGUUUGUAAUUCCUGAUCUGCCCACCUCACAGUGAUGUUGUGGGGAUCCAGUGAGAUAGAAUACAUGUAAGUGUGGUUUUGUAAUUUAAAAAGUGCUAUACUGAGGGAAAGAAUUGAGGAAUUAACUGCAUACGUUUUGGUGUUGCUUUUCAAAUGUUUAAAAAUAAAAAAAAAAUGUUAAGAAAUGGGUUUCUUGCCUUAACCAGUCUCUCAAGUGAUGAGACAGUGAAGUAAAAUUGAGUGCACUAAACGAAUAAGAUUCUGAGGAAGUCUUAUCUUCUGCAGUGAGUAUGGCCCAGUGCUUUCUGUGGCUAAACAGAUGUAAUGGGAAGAAAUAAAAGCCUACGUGUUGGUAAAUCCAACAGCAAGGGAGAUUUUUGAAUCAUAAUAACUCGUAAGGUGCUAUCUGUUAAGUGAUGCCCUCAGAGCUCUUGCUGUUAGCUGGCAGCUGACGCUGCUAGGAUAGUUAGUUUGGAAAUGGUACUUCAUAAUAAACUACACAAGGAAAGUCAGCCACCGUGUCUUAUGAGGAAUUGGACCUAAUAAAUUUUAGUGUGCCUUCCAAACCUGAGAAUAUAUGCUUUUGGAAGUUAAAAUUUAAAUGGCAUUUGCCACAUACAUAGAUCUUCAUGAUAUGUGAGUGUAAUUCCAUGUGGAUAUCAGUUACCAAACAUUACAAAAAAAUUGUAUGGCCCAAAAUGACCAACGAAAUUGUUACAAUAGAAUUUAUCCAAUUUCGAUCUUUUUAUAUUCUUCUACCACACCUGGAAACAGACCAAUAGACAUUUUGGGGUUUUAUAAUGGGAAUUUGUAUAAAGCAUUACUCUUUUUCAAUAAAUCGUUUUUUAAUUUAAAAAAA